ACGACGCUACUACUCUCCUACUCUCUGGAUCACAUUUCUCGUUCACGGCGCGGAUACACCAUUUGGACUCGUGCUUUGCUAAAUACAGAUAUGAUGGCUCAGUGUUGUGUGUGAUUGUGGGACGACGCUGGUCGGAGUCUAUGUUAGUGGUGACCAAGCCUGUCCGUUCAUCCCCCAAAAUCCGAUCCUGCUUCGUUUUGAUCCGUGAAGCAACAACCAGUGAAUCCUUGACAAUGUAACUUAUGCCCUCACAACAGACUGCAUUGUUAUUUUACCCUAUAGAAAGACAGUAUUUUGGAUAGAAGAAACUUAAAACAAUUUAAUGUUGUGUGGUUUAAAUUGACUUGUGCAUUUACAUUUUAAGCAUGUGAACUAGGUGCCGUCCCCUUGCAUAAUGGAAACCGUUAAGGAAGUGGACCAGGAUGGUGCGGAGGAGUCCGAGGAGAACGGUCUAGCAGAGGAGGACGUCUCUUACAUGGUAGGCCUACUACAGGACAUGAGCGACGAGUACUCCAUGAAGGAACAGGAUCCGUGUGAUCUCUACGACUCCUCUGAUUGGGACGAGGCUGUCCAUGGUUGGAACAGAGUCUCUGCACUGAGCUGCAUGUUUCUCCCUGCGAGAAACUGUAGGAGAACCAAGAGCGACGAGCAGGACCCCCACUGUCUCCUGUGUGUCGACAUCAGGCCCCUGGAGGCCCUCACCCCGGACUGGCCCCCUGAGUUUGACCCAGAGUCUGAUGGGAAUCCCCAGGAGAGUGACGCCACAGUGUCAGGUACCCAGAAAAAACUCUACAACACGACAGUGGGGUCUUCCCCACUGAAGGAGGCCCACCAGAACCACCUUGUCCUCGGGGACAAGAUGGCCGACGACACAGAAGUCCCAAGAGAGGUCCUCCAGCCAUUGCUGACUGACUACCUGUAUCAAGACUACCUGUGUUCUAAAGACCCGGCGCUGAUGAGCCUCCAACCUGACCUGGGUAAUCCCAUCAACAGCUUCACAGUGUUGCCCCCUCUAAGAGCACCCCAGUUGGCUUCCCAAGGAGUUGUCCGGCAGGUCUGCGUCAGGGAGAGCCUCGCGGGAGGCGGAUCCGCCGCAGGAGGGAGCGCGGAGACGGGCGGUGUGGUGGCGCAAACGGCAGCCAGGGAGGGCAGAGGUGUGAAGAGAACAGAGGAAACAGGAGGAGCCGACACGCUGACAAACACGGAGCCGACUAAGGACACCCACAGGCCGAGCGCUCCACCCAAAGGCAUGUAUUGUUGUCACUCUCAGGAAAAAAAACGGCAUUUGCUCUCCACUUACACUCUGCCCAUUCUAAAGAGGUACAGUGUGCCUCUGGGCAAAAUAACUGACACCAUGCACCGGACUACAGUCUCCUUAGGCCAGCAUUUGAGGCAGGCCGUGCGGACUGGCAGUGAGUACAGCCGGCACGAAAGAUCCCCCACUCCACAGCUGCCUGUUCUUUUUGGGACCAAGGUCCCAAUAGUGGUUUCCAGCCAAAGACCGCUUUGAAUACACACUCCCCUCACUAUGCAUGUGCAAAUAAAAGUAGCAAAGAGGAUCUAUGAUUUUCUUAUUUGGUAAGUCACGAUAAUGAUUGAUGUAUUAAUAUUUAACUUCAUGACAGAAUCACAGCAGAUUUCAUCUUAUUUGUGUCUUAAAAGUUAUAAAAAUAUGUUAUUAAUAAACUCAUGGCAGGUGUGUCAUAGUGUUACACUAUCCCAGGUUUUUUUUGGUGUUCAAACCCAUGUGGAUAGAUGUGUCUUUAAUAUGGUUCCUAAAUAAUUCCAUCAAAUGUAUGUUCUAGUUGUCCGGCAACGAUGGCUGCUGCCUCAAAGCCAACAACCUUAAUUUGUGUUGGAGGCUGUGGCUAUAAUGUUAUACACAUGAUGGUCUUAACUUAGUCAAACCUCCUUUUUUUUAUCCAAAUAAACAUCGGAAACCAUGAAACUACAUUGUGAGCAUAUAUGGAAGCCAAGUUAUACAGAUAUCUUAUUGCUGUAGCUCAAUUAGAAACAUUUUAAAAGGUAUCAGGUUUGUAACUGAAACUUACUUAAAAAUGGAUCUUAAAACGUAAAUGUGAUGCUGCAAGGCUAAACUUUUUUGAAUGAGUAAUGUAAUGUAAUACACUGUUCCCUUAGUUUAUUGAGAUCAUCAGCAGUACAGCUUGGACAAAGAAACCAACAAUGCAAUCUGGAACUCUAAACAUUUAGGCAAACACCGAAGGCCACCAAUAAAAUGAAAAUAAUCAUUUGUAUUGGAAGAAUAUAUAAAUUCUUCAUGCGAUGAAUUUUAUGGAAAAUAAAACACUGUAUUAACC